CACAUUGACUGACCUCAGCAAAAAUCUUGAAUGUAUUAUUUUUCUGAAUCAUAGACGACGUGCUGAAGAUUUAAGAACAAAUGAAAUCCCAAAGAUUGGUGGCAAAUAAUCAGGAAAAGAAAGGCUUUUCAUCUCAGGCUAAGAGGUUUCCCUCACCAAUCUGUCUGAAUGAAAAUCCAGGACCAGGCAGCUACGACUGCAUUUCCAGCACUGAGGUCAUCAGCCCGUCAUUCUCAAAGAAGGGCACUACAGGCUUUGUGGGAUCCAAGGCUGCCGGGAUUCCUCGUCACCCACAAAGAAACAUCCCACCACCAAAUGCAUACAAUCUGCAGGGCUCCUUCAUAAACAAGUACGACUUUAACACUGGAGUCUCCAGAGUGUUCAGGCUGCCUGUCGCCGUGCAGCUGGAAGAGCCAAAGCAUCAAAGUCCAGCCCCAAAUCAGUACCACGUCUGCAGCAGCUUUAGUAAAAGUAAAUGCUCGAUGUCCGGUACCUCAUCUUUCCUAUCAAAAAGUGCACGCAACUCAUUCUGUGCAAACACAAACGUGCCGUCACCAUGUCAUUAUAAGGUGAAAGAUAGUUCAAUCUUUCUCGGCCCAAAGACAAUUUUGUCUCCUUUUAAAUCAAAAACUGUGAGAGUACCUCCUCCAAAGGACUACUGUGUGCCAGGUCCAGGAGCAUACAGUCCCCAUCAGGCCCCCACACCGGUGAAGAGCAAACUGAGGAGAUAUUAUUUGGCAACAUCAGCACCUCCCGUCAUUGUUCCUAAGGACCCUCCCUUACCAGGACCUGGCCACUAUGACAUCACAAAUAACAACAGUCCAUUGAAGCAUCACAUGUCUUCUGCUGCAUUUGCAUCCACAACUGACCGGAUUCUCCAUGACUCACGUGCUGCUCUGGGACCCGGUCCAGGGUUCUAUGAGCCACGAUUGUUGUCAAAGCAGUCCUUCCUUUAUAGUGAGUCAAGGAUCUGGAUUCCUGUUUGA